AUGACUCUUCAAGAGGGAUUUGAAGAGACUCUGAGAGCAGCUAAACAUAUUAGAAAACGAGUGAGACACGUGUUAACAGAAGAAGAGGGAAGAUGGAGAGAUGGAGAUGAACGUUACAGUGUUACCUUAAGGGUGGAAAAACAGAAAAGGGACGAAAGGAAAGCCCCAGAACCCGAAUUGGAAUUAACAGAAAAGCUACAAAUAUUUGCAGCUGUACAUUGGCGUGGUAUAGUAACUGUGGGUGUACCAGUUAUACUAUUGCCUAUUUUGUACAUUACCAGUCCCGCCGAGCCUCACCAUUAUGCUGCGUAUUGUCUAUGUGUCAUGGCGUGCUUCUGGGUGACAGAAUGCAUACCACUGGCAAUCACAUCGUUUCUCCCAGUUAUCAUAUUUCCCUUCGCGGGGGUGUUAAGUACGGGAGAAGUUUGCCAAGCGUAUAUGAAUGAUACCCUCAUAAUGUUUAUUGGAAGUAUGAUACUUGCAUACUCCGUGGAGCAGUCAGGCCUUCACAAGCGGCUUGCAUACUUCGCGAUAAAGCUUAUCGGAUAUUCACACAUAAAGCUUCUACUCGCCGUGUGCAUCGUUACUACUUUUGUGUCAAUGUGGAUCACAAACACUGCUGCUACCACUAUGAUGGUGCCGAUCAACUUUGCCAUUCUGAAAGUAUUUGAAGACCAAAGGCUCCUAAAGAUAUAUGAGACAACCAAAGAUGGCGAUAGUGUAGCAAGCGACAUAACAGUCUGUUACUUUUGCGCUGUUACUUACUCAGCUACAAUAGGUGGAAUCGGAACAUUAGUCGGUACAGCAACGAAUUUAGCAUUUAAAGGACUCUUUGUAGCGACCUAUCCAACAGCACCGGAGUAUUUGUCGUUUCCAUUGUUUUCUGCUUUCGCUGUUCCAAUGAUGAUACUUUUAGAAGUUGCUACUUUUUUAUCCAUGUCUUUUCAAUUUUUAGGACUAUUCAGGCCGUAUAGUAAUGUUGCAAAAAAAGUUAAAAUCACUCCUGAGGGAAUAAAAGCAGCCGAAAGAUGUGUGAAAGAAGACUCGGCAAAGUUAGGAAUAAUUACAUUCUGGGAAAUCAUGGUGAUCAUAUUAUUUGGUGGUGCCAUGGUCUUGUUCUUUUCUCGUUCUCCACAAGUUUUUUACGGAUGGGGUGACGCUAUUAAGGAUUACUUUGAACUAGAAGAUCCUAAAUACGUUCGUGAUUCAGCAUUAGCGUCACUUGUGAUGUUUUUGAUGUUCUUAUUACCAUCUACAUUAGAUUUCUUCAAAAACUUUAGCGCUAGGUUUCACGAAGAGCUUCCAACAAAAAGCGUGGAAUCAGUAUUAAGUUGGCCUAAGAUUGUCAGCGUCAUGCCGUACAGCUUUUCAUUUUUAUUGGGAGGAGGCUUCGCUUUAUCUGAAGCGGCCAAAAAAUCCGGUCUAAACGAAAAAAUCGGGGAAACGCUAUCGAAUCUAAAAUCACUUCCGAAUGUUUUAAUAUUACUCAUUAUUAUCAUAGUCGUUAUAUUCUUCACAAAUUUUGCGUCCAAUGUUGCUAUCGUGAAUGUGUUUGCGCCCAUUUUUAUGCAAUUGGCAAAACAAAUAGACCAAAACCCGCUUUGGUACUGUAUAGCAGCAGGAUACACUGCGUCCUACUGUUUUUUGCUCCCCGUGGGGACGCCUGGCAAUCUCGUUGUUCAAAGCGCUGCCAAAAUUCAAACGAAACAAAUGAUAAAAGCCGGAUUAGUACCAACAAUUGCUACGAUCAUAGUAACAUGGUUUUGUUCUUAUGUGUACGCACCUGUCAUAUGGCCUGACCUCAAGACACUGCCGGACUGGGUGAAAUAG